GAGCCCAAGCACAAAGUGGCCUCAUUGUUUGCAGGGGUUCUCGGCUUGGAGCUUGGCCUUCGGCCGUUCGUGAAAGUUGCCUCCUAUGUGGAGGUGUCACCCUUCUGCCGUGACGUUAUAAAAGCCCGCAUCCAAGACCAGCUAGCGGACCCUGGUCCCAUUUUGGAGGACAUCUCCUCCGCAGGGAACCAGAACAGCAUGCAAGGGUCGAGGACCAUUUUGAUCAGAGAAGUUUUUCGCUUACAUGACGAGUACAAAACCAAAGGGCGUCCCUUGAAGUCUUUGGUCCUUGAGAAUGUUGGCGCGAUCCUGUCCACCAAAUGCAGAGACUGUAUGGAAUAUGUUCUCUAGGCCCCUCACCAUUUUAGAAUGCCACCGCCAACCAUGAGUUUCCUCCCUUCUGCCUUGCCAGGCUGCCAGCGACCGGAACCUCAGAGUCACAUAUUGUUCGGUCAAUGGGCACCAGAUUGGUGCUCCGAUAUGGCGACAAAGAGUUUUCUUUCUCUUGGCGGAUCCAAACUUCAAGUUUUUUGAGGAUCACAGGAUGCUGCCCGUAGAGGAACUACAGUCAUGGCCCCAGAAAACUUGGAUGGCAUCCCAAAAAAAGCCACCAUUGCACAAAUGGCUUUCUGCAACCCAAAGCAAUGAUCAGAAAGACCGGUUGGCUGCAUGCGGUAACAUCGUUGUACCAGCAAUGGCGUACUUCGGUAUGCAUUGCAUAUUUUCAAUGUGGCGUUGAACCACCGAUGGCCUUAAUUCGAUUUUGAUGUCAUCGUAAUUCGAUUGUCAUUUGAUGGAUAUGGUCACUUCCCACAUCCGUGAGCCCUGCUGCUUGAGCGCUGCACUUGGGCCGUGAGCGUGGGUGGCUUCAGAUUCAGCUUGAUCUUUGGGGUGGAAAACACAAG